CCGCGGGGCGGGCGCGCGGCGCGGAGCAAGAUGGCGGCGGCGGCAGCGGCUGGCGCGGCGGCGGGACUGCCGGGGCCGGUAGCCCAGGGGCUGAAGGAGGCGCUGGUGGACACGCUCACCGGGAUUCUGUCCCCGGUGCAGGAGGUGCGGGCGGCCGCUGAGGAGCAGAUUAAGGUGCUGGAGGUGACGGAGGAAUUCGGUGUCCACCUGGCAGAGUUGACCGUCGAUCCCCAGGGGGCACUGGCGAUCCGUCAGCUGGCCUCAGUUGUCCUGAAACAGUACGUGGAGACUCACUGGUGUGCCCAGUCGGAGAAGUUCAGGCCUCCUGAGACCACAGAAAGGGCAAAGAUCGUCAUCCGGGAGCUGUUGCCCAACGGCCUGAGGGAGUCCAUAAGCAAGGUGCGCUCCAGCGUGGCCUACGCAGUGUCGGCCAUCGCGCACUGGGACUGGCCCGAGGCCUGGCCGCAGCUCUUCAACCUGCUCAUGGAGAUGCUGGUGAGCGGAGACGUGAACGCCGUCCAUGGUGCCAUGCGGGUGCUGACAGAAUUCACUCGAGAAGUCACUGACACACAGAUGCCGCUGGUUGCGCCUGUCAUCCUCCCAGAGAUGUACAAGAUUUUCACCAUGGCUGAGGUGUACGGGAUCCGAACCCGCUCCCGAGCCGUGGAGAUCUUCACCACCUGCGCCCACAUGAUCUGCAACAUGGAGGAGCUGGAGAAGGGCGCAGCCAGAGUCCUGAUCUUGCCCGUGGUGCAGCGGUUCACAGAGGCCUUUGUCCAGGCCCUGCAGGUCCCAGAGGGCCCCACAUCUGACAGUGGGCUCAAGAUGGAGGUCCUGAAGGCAGUGACAGCCCUGGUGAAAAACUUCCCAAAGCACAUGGUGUCCUCCAUGCAGCAAAUUCUGCCCAUUGUGUGGAACACCCUCACUGAAAGUGCAGCUUUUUAUGUGAGGACAGAAGUCAAUUACACAGAGGAAGUAGAGGACCCUGUGGAUUCCGAUGGUGAAGUCCUGGGCUUUGAAAACCUCGUGUUUAGCAUUUUUGAGUUUGUCCACGCUCUCCUGGAAAACAGCAAAUUCAAAAGCACCGUCAAGAAGGCCUUGCCUGAGUUGAUUUACUACAUCAUCCUCUACAUGCAGAUCACUGAGGAGCAGAUCAAAGUGUGGACCGCCAACCCCCAGCAGUUUGUGGAAGAUGAGGAUGACGAUACCUUCUCCUACACCGUCAGGAUCGCAGCCCAGGACCUGCUGCUGGCUGUGGCCUCUGAUUUCCAGAAUGAGAGCGCAGCUGCCCUGGCUGCCGCGGCCGCCCGGCACUUACAGGAGGCUGAGCAGACCAAGAGCAGCGGUGCCGAGCACUGGUGGAAGGUCCAUGAGGCCUGCAUGCUGGCACUCGGCUCAGUGAAGUCCAUCAUCACCGACAGCGUGAAGAGUGGCAGGAUCCCCUUCGACAUGCACGGCUUCCUGACCGGUGUCGUCCUUGCAGACCUCAACCUCUCAGUGUCGCCUUUCCUCCUGGGCCGGGCCCUCUGGGCUGCCAGUCGUUUCACUGUUGCUAUGUCCCCUGAAUUGAUCCAGCAGUUUCUUCAGGCAACAGUUAGUGGUCUUCAUGAGACACAACCCCCGUCAGUUCGAAUCUCCGCAGUGAGAGCCAUCUGGGGCUACUGCGACCAGCUCAAAGUCUCGGAGAGCACAGCCGUGCUGCGGCCCUUCCUGCCCAGCGUCCUGGACGGCCUGAUCCACCUCGCGGCCCAGUUCAGCUCCGAGGUCCUCAACCUAGUGAUGGAGACGCUGUGCAUCGUCUGCACGGUGGACCCCGAGUUCACGGCGAGCAUGGAGAGCAAGAUCUGCCCCUUCACCAUCGCCAUCUUCCUCAAGUACAGCAACGACCCUGUGGUGGCCUCGCUGUCUCAGGACGUCUUCAAGGAGCUGUCCCAGAUCGAGGCCUGCCAGGGCCCCAUGCAGACGCGGCUGAUCCCCACGCUGGUCAGCAUCAUGCAGGCGCCUGCAGACAAGAUCCCCGCGGGGCUGUGUGCGACAGCCAUCGACAUCCUGACCACGGUGGUGCGGAACACGAAGCCCCCACUCUCGCAGCUGCUCGUCUGCCAGGCCUUCCCCGCCGUGGCCCAGUGCACCCUGCACACGGAUGACAACGCCACCAUGCAGAACGGAGGCGAGUGCCUGCGGGCCUACGUGUCGGUGGCGCUGGAGCAGGUGGCGCAGUGGCGCGAUGAGCAGGGCCACAGCGGGCUGUGGUACGUCAUGCGGGUGGUGAGCCAGCUGCUGGACCCCCGCACCUCCGAGUUCACCGCCGCCUUCGUGGGCCGCCUGGUGUCCACGCUCAUCGCCCGGGCGGGCCGGGAGCUGGGCGAGAGCCUGGACCAGAUCCUGCGCGCCGUCCUCAGCAAGAUGCAGCAGGCGGAGACGCUCAGCGUCAUGCAGUCCCUCAUCAUGGUGUUCGCGCACCUGGUGCACACGCAGCUGGAGCCGCUGCUGGAGUUCCUGUGCAGCCUGCCUGGGCCCACCGGCAAGCCCGCCCUGGAGUUCGUGAUGGCCGAGUGGACCAGCCGGCAGCACCUGUUCUACGGGCAGUACGAGGGCAAAGUCAGCUCCGUGGCGCUGUGUAAGCUGCUGCAGCACGGCAUCACGGCCGACGACCGGCGGCUGCAGGACAUCCGCGUGAAGGGCGAGGAGCUCCACAGCCCCGACGAGGGCGUCCGCACUCGCUCCAAGUCGGCCAAGAACCCCGAGCGCUGGACCAACAUCCCUCUGCUGGUCAAGAUCCUAAAGCUUAUUAUCAACGAGCUGUCCAGUGUUAUGGAGGCCAAUGCCGCCCGCCAGGCCGCCCCUGCCGAGUGGAGCCAAGAUGACGCCAACGACAUGUGGGAGGAUCAGGAGGAGGAGGACGAUGAGGAGGAGGACGGCCUGGCUGGCCAGCUCCUGUCCGACAUUCUUGCCACAAGUAAAUACGAAGAGGACUAUUACGAGGACGACGAGGAGGAUGACCCCGACGCCCUGACGGACCCGCUCUAUCAGAUUGACCUGCAGGCGUACCUCACAGACUUCCUCUGCCAGUUCGCCCAGCAGCCCUGCUACGUGAUGUUUUCGGGCCACCUCAAUGACAGUGAGAGGAGGGUGUUGCAGACCAUCGGCAUCUGAGGGCCUGGGCCGCGUGCAGCCCUUCCUGGCCUCGGGACUCUCUUCUCAGCCUGCAGUAGCGGCCUCAGGGCAACACUGACGGUCGAGGCCUGGCGGCCUGUGCCUCGCAGGAUGUGCGCUGGAGGGCCGGCUCCUCCUGCCGGUGCCCUUCUGCGCUGCAGGCCUCUGCCAGCCAGGCCAGAGCACACUGCCCGGCGAUCACAUUCGUGGUUGUGGCUCCCUCGCUGGAGCACAGGAAGUCAUGACCGUUCGUCUUCUAGGACAGACCUGGUGUUUCAUAGGCCGUCUGACGUGUUCCGCUCCGACUCCCCUCACAGGGAAGUGGGCUUUCUGCCCUCCCCCGCGGAUGCACUGGUCUCGGGGCUGAGGGGAGCCCCCCAGAGACCCCACUCCUCCUGCAACCCUGAGAGUCCCCGUCCAAGGAGGCCGUCUUGGUUUUGCAUCAUUGCAUGACAGCUCCUCCCCAACGCUGUUCCUCGUACAUGCACGCACACGAGGUUAGCCAGACAGAUGGCAAUUCGGUUUUCCUUUUUUAGAAAAAAAAAAAAAAAAUGGAAAAACAAAUUUUUUUUAAAGUCCACCUGCCCCACCAUAUUUAACAUGCCUCUUGCACACACGCCCCACACACAGCCUGACGCCGAGGCUGUCCCUCUCCCUCAGGAACCCUCCAAGGUGGGGACGUUGUGGCCCUCACAUUUGCAAUGUGUAUUUUUCUAGGAGAGUAAAGUGAUCUUUACAAACGA